AUGUCAGGUCUUAUGCCUUCCGAUGAUGAGGAUGAAUACGGAAACACCAUUCGCCGUGCCCCUGUCAAGUAUCCUUCGCGUCUCAUGAAUCGCUCUCCUUCCCCCGAGCCUCAGCCGGCCAAGGAUUAUAGCUAUCUUAAACCUCUUGGUGUCAAUGAUUAUUCGUCAAGAUUGUCCCCUGAGAGCGAGGAGCGGGAGCGUUUGGAGGAAAUCGAAGAUACCAAGCGAGCAGAAAAGGAGAGAGCUGAAGAGAACGAAGCCGACCGUGUCGCCCAGGCUGAGUUGGACCGUCAAAGUCAGGAAAUUAAGGCAGCCAAUCGCAUGCUUCAGGUCGACUCCGAUCACAAAGCUGUUACAAAGCGUACUACCAAAGUGCUCCGCAAGACAUCUAUCUUUGAGCCAAAGUACGAGGCUGAGACAGGCGAAGGAAGUAGCAAAGGAAUUGGUAAAGGAAUUGGUCGUGGAAAUGCGAAGAAGUGA